UACAUCUUGUACAAGUAUAGUCCUGAAUUAUGCGAACGCGUCCUGCCAUUCGUUGGUUGGCGAACCACAAGGCAUCCAAGAUGGCGAUAAUAUUUUCGAUACGAAUAUCGCGUGGUUUAGGAAGGUGUGCUUUCAAAAUCGAAUAUGUGGUAAACUGUGGGUAAUGGAACGAAUACCAGCGUCGACAUUAGUCGGCAAUUCCACCAAACGCCUACCAGUACCACAAACACGCCUCGAAUGCGAGGAAAACUGCCUGGCCGAAAGCGACUUCCGGUGUCGUUCCACUAAAUUCCGCCUGAUGCCUGUGAAUUCCGUAAUCAACGACUAUUAUGCCCCGAGGCAAACAGCGGACGCCAUUGGUGAAUGCACCCUUAGUUCCGCAGAUAGAUUUAUCACCCCGCAAGGUUUCCGGGUUUCCGGUUAUGAUGAUGAAUACUUUGAAAAUCAAUGCGCGGAUCCGGUUACUAAUGAAUUUUGCGCAUUUGAAGAAUAUCCAAACGUAAUGUUAACGCACGUUGAUGCUGUGUAUCCUAACCUCACAAAUGUGCAAUGUCAAAGAGAAUGCGAGCAGUAUACAGCGUUCAGAUGUCGAGGUUAUUCAUUAAUACCUAGUUUUAAAGCAUCGAUGAGUCAUCAACAGUACAUGUGUUUAGUGCACAGUGAAAAUAGUAAAGUACAUGGGCCGAAAUCCCUACGGGAACAUCCUGGAGCCAUGUAUUAUGAACGCGCGCCAUGUUUAAAUAUCCGUGUUGAAUGUACAAACACACUGAUGACGAUUUCCUACGACACCGACAUGGUCUUCAACGGGAAAAUCUACAUGAAGGGAUUUUCCGAAACAAGCGAAUGCUACGUAAUCGGCAAUAAAUCCCGCCACGUGGAACUCCACGUGCCACUAACCUCGCACAAAUGUGGCAUAACAAAAAUAACAAGUGAUCAAAACCGCACUUUAUACGCAAGUACAAUGGUGUUGCAAUACAACAGCAUGGUCCAAACACAAGCGGAUCGCAUCAUUAAAGUCGGAUGUAUUUUUGGUAGUGGGGGAAAUCGAGUUGUCGUUGGUACAGGCUUCAAUAUAACCGAUAACACAGAUCACACCGGAAGCACAAAUAUAAACUCAACACUGCCGAAUCAACCGACAGUCGAGAUGAAAAUCAUUGAUUUAAGCUCGAAUGAAGUAGGAGACACCGAAAUCGGUGAUGAGUUACAACUUAUCAUCGAAAUGAAACCCGCUAAUAGUGGUAUUGAUUUAACUGCAGGACAUUUAAUCGCCAUGACGGAAACCAGCCAGGACUCCAUCUUGUUACUGGAUGAUCGUGGAUGUCCAACGAAUUUGGAUGCUUUCCCCGGGUUGAAGAAACAAGUCGAUGGUGACAGUAUAAAACUAACAUCGUCGUUUCAAGCGUUUAAGUUUUCGUCGUCGAAUGUGAUACGCUUCAGCGUGACUGUUACCUUCUGUGAGCAGAAAUGUCCGGACGUUGAUUGUGGCGGUGAGACGUUUUACAAUCGCAUGCGCAGACGCGCUGAUCUCGGCGAUAAUGAAGUCGCCGUGAAAUCGGUGAAUCGCAGUGAAUUUCAGCGCACUGAUGCUGCCAAUCACUUGCAAGGCAAUAAAACGUUUCAAAUGGCAUUGGAGUACACGCUUAUCGUGCGCAAUAUCAAUGCUAAGCCUGAUAAGUUGGUUUAUGGUGAAAACAACAAGAUAUUAGUCGCUGGAUUCGAUUAUUUAAACAACGAAGUGUGUAUAGACUUCUCUCUUGUGAUUGGUCUGAUAGUUUUAUGGUUGUUAAUACAAAUAAUUCUAUUGGUUGCUUGUUUUAUGCUCAUAAGAAAGUAUAAAAAACAUUACGAGAAUCAAUAUUUGAAUGAAUCUAUCGAGGAACUGCAUAAAAACUUCGGACUGGGUUUUAGCAACUUGGAUACAAGCAGACGCGUGCGUUUUGACGAUACUAAUGUGAUGACGUAAGAUUUUUAGCUCAACUGGGCACAAGAAUAUUUUUAUAUCAUAUAUUUAAUUUAAUAAAGAAUAUAUACAAUUUA